CAUGGCGGAGCUGAGCGGCGGGCUGGAGCCGGUGGCCGUGGGCUUGUGGCCGCCUGGGGAGGCCCCGCCGGCCUUUCAGUAUAGCCCAGACAACGUGGCUGGAGCAGACGGAGACAUUGACCCCACGGAAAUCACCUUUCCAGGCUGUUCUUGUCUUACCAGCUCCUGUGUGGUUCACGUGUGCUCAUGUCUUCGCCAUGGUGAAAAUUACAACGGUUUGUGCCUCAGGCCUACAGAGCAAGAGGAGUACGCCAGGCCUGUUUUUGAGUGCAAUGCCAUGUGCCGGUGUGGUGAAUCCUGCCAAAACAGGGUUGUUCAGAGGGGUUUGCAAUUCAGACUUGAGGUAUUUAAGACUGAGAAGAAAGGGUGGGGUCUGCGCACUCUGGAAUUCAUAGCUAAAGGAAGAUUUGUUUGUGAAUAUGCUGGUGAAGUUUUAGGCUUUAAUGAGGCACGUAGAAGAAUUCAGGCCCAGACGUCAGAGGAUUUGAACUAUAUUAUAGCGGUGAGGGAACACCUCCAUAGUGGUCGGAUAAUGGAGACGUUUGUCGACCCCACAUACAUUGGUAACGUAGGCAGAUUCCUGAAUCAUUCCUGUGAACCAAAUUUAUUUAUGGUGCCAGUUCGAGUUGACUCAAUGGUGCCUAAACUGGCACUUUUUGCAGCCACUGAUAUUUCUGCUGGAGAAGAACUUUCAUAUGAUUAUUCUGGAAGAUUCCAUAAUCUACCAAUAACUAACAAAGAACAAAAAUCUUUAGAGGAAGAUAACAGAUUGAGAAAACCUUGCUACUGUGGUUCUCGCACAUGUGCUUCCUUCUUACCUUGGGACAGCUCCCUCUUUUCCACACCAGACGCCUGUUCAGGGAGCUCUCCAGAGCUUUUUAGCCCCUAAGCAUAAUAAUUAAAUUGCAAUUAAAUAUAAUUUUGAUUGUGUAUUCCACCAGGGAAGCAGGUGUGGUUUUGAGUAACAACUAAAAACCAAGAUUUUGAGAAUUAAAUUCAUGCAACAUCCUCGAGACUCGCUUUCAAGGUGGGUAGUAUGAAGGAAUACAAGCUUCAAGAUGUUCCAAAAUCAGUUACUAAGCCAGGGCUGGUGGUUUUUUUCUUGUUUUCUUCUGACGGCUUGCGGUGUGUUAAAGCAUUUCUCUCAGUUUGUACCUUUCAGAAGAAAACUAACAUUGGUACACAGAAAAGACAUGGUAACAAUGAGAAAUGUCACUGAAAAAUUACACAAGAGAAUGAGACUAAGGAAUUUUGACAUCUGUAAGAAGGACAUUAAGUUCUUAAAUAGCAUUAAUUUUUUUUUUAAUUACUUACUAUACAUUUUUUUGUUCCACAAAGAUAAAUAAUUGUUGAUGUAAAAACCUGCCCAGAAAGAUUAGUUUGAAUACUUUGUGUCCCUCCCCCCACUUUCCCAUCUCCAGUCACAUCUAGCUGCACGCCAGUAUCAGGUUUUAAGUGACUAGUUCAGCUCCAUUACCAUUUAGCUUCCUGUGUAAAUGGCGCAGUACUGCAGGCUCCGAGAAGUACAAUCAUUCCAUCUUUUUAAACCCUGUCUAUUUCAAGACUCAUAUAAGAUUUCUGCAAUAACAGCAAGCAGCACAUCCAUGUUACUUCCCAGCACUGUUAUGACACACUCAGGAAACAAAUUCAGACUGCAGUCUCGAGCAGGAUGCUGCUGCUUUUCUGUCUUCUGAAAUAGAUUAAAGAAGGAAAUAGAGAAAUAUAUCAGAACCACAAGAAAUCUGUGUUUACAUUGUUGAACGGCUGGCAGACAAAUGAGUGUUCCUUUCAGUGACUGAUUUGUUUUCCUCCUGCAGAGCCAGACAGUACUAGGCAAGGCCUGGCCUUUCCCAGCAGAGGAAGAAGGUCGUUGCCUCUUUUUGGCAUUCGUGGGCAGGUCUGGCCCGCAUAUGCUGCCACUUCACUGCGCAUCUCCUACAGCAGUGGUACAUGAGAGCACUUGCUAGAUGGGGUACAUUCUGCAAUUGCACAUUACUUCCUUUCCAGUAAGAUCAAAUUAAGGAAGCUUUAGACAGACUUGUUUUGAAUUUCCCCCAACCUUGAUACACAAAACAGAUAAACUGCAACACUAUUUCUGACAGUCUUGCCACAGUGUGCCUUCAGUGGCACAAACCCCUGGGUUAUCUACUCCCUACAGUUUGAUCUUUAAUUGUAUUCAUAACCUUUGACAACAUACAGACAAGGCAGCACAUCUUGGGGGAUAAGCUUUUCUGCAGGCCAUUGGCAACUUCUUUUUAAAAUAAAAGACAACUUUGAUUUCGACAUGUAAGAUUAACCUAAUACUGGCAAAGGAUAAAGGACCUUUUGCUGCUAUUAUUUUGCUAUUUGCCAAACAAAAUCUUAUUUUAUGUUUACCUAGACUAAUAAGCCUCAGUAUUAGCUUUUCUCCAUUUGAUAUAUAUCUUCAUACUUCCGUUAUGAAGAACUGCUGUUAGGAUUUAUAUAUAGCUGUGGUUUUAAUUUAAGAUAAAGAUACCAUGUCAUUUUUCUUCAGGUUAAUCAUUAAGUGUCAGUACAGAAAGCUCCCAGAGGAUUUCAGCUGCUUGUCAAAGGCAGUUUGCAAGCUGAGCAGCCAUGGACUUCAUUUCUUGCCUGAUAUAAGGUACCUGCUUCUCUAGAGGAGAAGUUCUCCAGAUCCUGUAACUGGGGAUGAUAUCAGAGUAGCAGGGGUUGUGUGGUCUCUUGUCUUGUGUAGGGACUCAUCUGAUUUUCUUUUCUUCCCCCAAAGGGCAUCACACCAGCCACUUUGAGCCUGCAGUACUGGAGGGGUGAGAGUGGACAACCCAGUCUUCUUCCUUUUCCUCCCAGAAAAAGUUUCAAGACCAGUUUUAUACCAUUUGUAUUCCUUGUUUUCAAGAUGACUGUACAGUUUGUUAGCUUCCUGUUAUGAAUAUGCACUUGGCAUGAUUUUGAAUAGUUAAGGAAGUGUAGAUAAAAAAAAAAACCAACCCCAAAACAGAAAACCCCAAACACCAUGAGCAGUAUCUAGUCCUUGCAUCACCAGCCUUAAACCAGAGAACAACUGAGCCUUCUGUCUGCACAACCCGACCCUUUCCAUCCCCACCAGCUGAUGCUGCUUCUCGCAAGUGAGCCGAGUAUGAGUUACCUGGUUAGAAAAAACUUCCAUAGCACAGAACAAGAGAGCCUUGUGCUGCUGAAAACAGCCAGCCAUGUUAAAGGUCGUGCAAAACCAUGAAAUAAUUUCUUGUCAUUGAGUUCUGAACCAGCGUGGCAAUUGGGAACAGCCCUUUUCCAGGCACAGCAUGAGUUAUACUUUGCUGUGCCUCAGCAUGAGAACUGCCUGGGGGUGCAGACCAAAAUCCUCCUGAAAGGAAAAUCCCCUAGCAAGGAACUGGAAAAGACAAGACCCUUUUUUUCUACCUGCUACAUUUCUGUUCACUUUUUCCUUCAGGUUCCUUUCAGCUUCAGAGCCCCACUCUACCACUUUACUAUUCAGUGUGCUCUUUCACAAUGAAUCCAAUCACACCGCUCAAAAGGCUGAGCUCUGUGUAAUCCUCCCUCCUUUCUGCUGUCCAAGUGCAGUAAUGAUUAUCAGUUCCAGUAUUCAAUACUCAAACUUGGGGAUUUACUUUCCCAUUGAAAUCUGAUCAGAUUAAAUCAAGGAUGUUUAAUGAAAGAUCUUGUAAUAAAACACAGUAACCAUUAUCCAAACAAAAGCAGCAUGACAGGGACACGUUCCACACAGAAGAACAGGAGGACUUUCCUCCACAUGCCACCCACCGCACAAUGAGUAUUCACUGAAAGAUACAUCGAAUUGGGUGUAUUUUUUUCAAGGAUUUUUUUUCCAGCAUAAAACCCAAAACCAACUCAAGGCAAAAUCUGUUAUCAAGUACAUUCCGUCUUGUGGCAGACACACGCACCUUUUAGAAAGAUAAAGAUAGAAAAAUUAUUUCCCUAUUACUCUCAAUAAAAUAUAUUUUUAAUGCAUAGAUUUUAAUUAAACAUUUAAGGCUGGUAAUGCAGUGUUUAUGACAGAAUAUUUACCACAGCUUUUACCGGUGUGUUCUGGAAUGGUUUUUUUCUGCUUGCUAGAAUUCCCUUUACACACUGCUGGCAACCAGUGUUUGUUGAUGAGCUCCCCAGAUGCUCUCCAGUAUCUUUUCAACAUGAAACACUAAAUGGAGGAACAUUUGUAUUAACCCUAGGUUGUAUUAAACCCAACUUCCUACAGAAGAGACAAUGCUAGGGAAGACUAGCACCAGUGCAAAAAUUGUUGAUCCACCACCUUUUUCACUGCUAGGUCUCAAGGCUGCAGAAAAGAGGGCUGUGUUUGGAGGCAGUGAGGAAGCCUGUCAGGGUGGCGGCACAGCCCGCUGUGACACCUUCCCAAGGACAGCCCUUCUGGCAGGAGCUCACUGCACAGGCCGCUGCUUGUUUGGGCUCCCGAGAGCAAGGAGGUGCCUGGCACAGAAAUGCAACCAGACCCUGCAGUGUCCUAGAGCAAGCGACAGCGCAAAUUACUGCCAGAGGCCUGAAAUACAUCCAGAUCCCAAAAUGAGGUUGCUCCCCUUCCCACUUCGUUUCCUCCUUGCUAAAAUUCCUCCCCUUUUAUUAAGUGAGCUUUUUUUAUUGUUGGGAUAUUUUUUUUGGUUAAACAGAGAAAAGUAGUUU